AUGAUGAUUGAGCCAUACAGUAAUAUCAGUGUGCCUUCAUUUAAGUCGCCUGUCCGAAGUUAUUGUUGUUUUUCAAAGGUGCCGCUUUUUCCCGUCAAGAAGCCGACUACAGUCUCAUAUCUGGAAAGUAUCCGUGGACCAAUAUCAGCAAAGGAAUUAGCAGAGCGCCCUGAUCAUAUACCACACUAUCUUCCGGCUAUGCGACCAGAAUGGUGUAUUCCUCAACGCCCAGCGCGACCAGCGGCCGAGGUGCGUCCAGUGCUCGAAAUGAGUACAGCGCAAGAUAGCGAUGAGAGUACACCAGCGGGUACAAGCACAACAAGCAAACAA